GUUAACCUCAUUAACCACAAGCAUGUUCCGAAACCAAUACGAUAACGAUGUCUCAACAUGGUCACCACAAGGACGUAUUCAUCAGGUCGAAUAUGCAGUAGAAGCUGUCAAGCAAGGUUCGGCUGCCAUCGGUCUCAAAAAUAAGAAAUACGCGAUUUUGCUGGCUCUCAAGCGUUCAUCAGGCGAGCUUGCAUCCUACCAGAAGAAAUUGAUCAAGAUUGAUGAUCACAUGGGUAUUGGAAUUGCUGGCUUGACAUCUGAUGCACGUGUGUUGAGCAAUUUUAUGCGUACCGAAGCUAUGCGUUCCAAGAUGUUGUACGACAGACCUUUGCCAGUACAGAGAAUUGUGGCUGCCAUUGCCGACAAGGCUCAAGUCAACACUCAACAGUAUGGUCGCAGACCUUAUGGUGUUGGACUUUUGGUGAUUGGACACGAUGAGACUGGCCCUCAUCUAUUUGAGUGCUCUCCUUCUGGAACUUGCUUUGAGUACCAUGCUAUGUCAAUUGGUGCACGAUCUCAAUCCGCCAAGACUUAUCUUGAGAGCCAUUACCAGGAGUUUGCUAACGAGUCUUUGAACGAGUUGGUUCGUCAUGGUCUCCAGGCUUUGCGCGACACACUGCAGCAGGAUAGCGAGCUCAAUAUUCAUAACACUUCGCUCGGAAUUGUGGGUGAGGACAGAGAUUUUGAGAUUAUCGAGGGUGAAGCAUUGCAAGUUUAUUUGGACCUUUUGGGCGAGGAAACUGGUAGAACUCGUCGUUCUGCAGCUGGUGUCAGUGCUUCUGAUUCAGUGGCAGCCGAGGGCCAGCGAACUGGGGAAGCCAGCGGGGUUACUCCUAUGGAUACUGAUGCUUAAUUAAAGUCAUAAAACAAAACAAAACAACAAAACAGAACAAAAAAGAGAGAGGGAGGGAGAGAGAUGUCAUCGUUAGUAGGGCUUAUUUUACUCCUAAAGAAAAUACAUCCACAUAUCUCAUUUUGGAUGGUCAAAGAUUAUGAACGAUCAAAGAGAAAAUUACAUGAUAAAGAUUUCUGUUGCUGUUAUUUU